ACUCGCACUGCUAAUGAAAAAUACUUCAACAACAACAAACGCCGAGAAUGAGUUUUUGGUCAGCUCGAGACGUUCGGUGUAUAGUAAUUUGUAUAGUAAUCAAACCAUCCUUAGUGAUUUAGUUUAAUACUCGUUUAGUCACAUUACAAUACCUAAUUUUAAGCAAUGGCGAAAGAAGCAGAAGUUAUAGACUUGGACUCGGACGAAGAUGUGAAAGACGUGAAAGACGUGAAGGAGAGGAGAAAACCGGGCAAUGUCAAUUGUAUCAAUUUUAAAUGUACCUCGGGCGAGAGUAUGAAACCCGCGCCGUCGUUUGCCUGUUCGUUUUAUUCUGUUAACAUGACGAAGAAGAAGAAACGUUUCAUCUGUCAAGUUUGUCUGGACGAUGCCUUGGAUCACCAGGAUAUACUCGUUACCGCUGUGUUGGAGCACAAACCACUGCUCCAAUGCGAAUUUCCAGAUCAUACAAUGGAAGUUGAGAUUUCCGACAGCGAUGAGUCUGAUAAUGAAACAAAGAACGACCAGGAUAACUAUGUAUUAGAAGAUGUCUUGGCUGAAUUUGAGAGAAAAGUCGAUAUUUCCUUAGGAGAUGUGAUGAAAAAGUAUGACAUAAAUUAUCAGGUAGAAGAGGCUACUAAAGCACUGAAAGCUGAAUGGGAUGGUGUUGACGCAAGCCACAAAGAAUUGGAUGCAACCAUCAAUCAGACCAUGCUUAAAUUGGAUAAAAUACGUUCCACACUCUAUUAUGAAUUCAAGCCAAAUAUCCAAAUGCUUGAAGAAUUGAAAAUAGAAGAUUCUAUAGGGCAUAUCAACUAUCCUGCAGUAGCAACAAAGAAAGUCACUCAAGUUCGACCACCAGUUAACAAAACACAGCCACAAGACAAUCAACCAGAAAUCUUGCAAGAAGUGGAAAGAGACAAUCGUUUAAUUCAAUCUAUGGACCUACCACCUUCAGGACAUUUGAUUAAACCAGUUCCAGAAGUAGAUGACUAUGUGUUCACAAUGAAACAUCCUCUGUUUCCAUGGAUCAAAGGAAAAGUUCAAAGUAUCAUUUCCAAAAAUCCAAUGCAAUAUCGUGUUAAACUAUUGCAAAAGAAGUAUGCUGGUCAGGUAAAAACACUGACCGGCAAACAAAUGGCUUCCAGCACCCCCAGUCCAGUAAUCAUUCCAGUUACCACGCGAGUGGUUGCUAUUUUCCAAGAUAGCUAUUCCAGCAACUACUACAGUGGUGUAAUCGCUGAGCCUCCGAAAUCCACAAACAAAUAUAGAUAUCUCGUUUUCUUCGACGACGGUUACGCGCAGUACGUCAAGCACAAGCACAUAUUCCUAGUCUGUGAAAGUUCACCCCGCGUGUGGGAGGACAUACCCAUGGAGUCUCGUGACUUUGUCAAAAAAUACAUGGAUUCCUAUCCAGAGAGACCUAUGGUGAAGCUGCAACGUGGUCAGGUCGUCAAGACCGAGUGGAACGGAAAGUGGUGGAUAGCGCGAGUCAGGGAAGUUGACGCCAGUUUAGUCCAGAUGCAUUUCGAUGCGGAUAACAGGACAGAGUGGAUUUACAGAGGUUCAGCGAGGCUGGGUCCGCUGUACCUGGAGUUGAUGAAAGCCAAUUUGAGACAGCAAGGUUGUCAUUCGUCUAUCAAUACGCCGAGUCGCCACCGUGGUGUUUCAGCGAUGAACAAAAAUGGUCCAUACGUCGAAUACACGUCGACCGCCACAGACGAAAGAGAUGCGAUACUAUCCAAGGACAAGCAGUCAGUCAUAGUACCUGAUACUCCUCAGACAGGAACUAUAGCUCCUCCAACGCAAAGCAGAGCCGUAGCCAAAAAAAGUACUGUCAAGAGACCCGUUGUGCCCGAAUCGUCGACGAUACCGACGACGUCGACGACUUCCUCCUAUCACGGCAUGCCAACUGCUAUGGAGACCAAGUCUUCCCACAGUAUCGUCUACUACCAAACCCAAAACAAAAUCCAGACAAAGAAGUUCGUGCCUCACAAAUGUGGUCCCAAGUGCGUGGAAAGUAUCUCCUUUACACCAGAUGAUCUUCGUGGCUACUCGCCGCUAUCUAUCCCGCUGCUCUGCGGGUGGAACCGGCAGCUUUGCAAAUUUCCAAAAGCCAAGAAAGUCAUCCUGUACCAGGCACCCUGUGGAGUGCGUCUUCGAAAUAUGGAGGAGCUGCAUCGCUAUCUUCGUAUGACCAACUGUCCCAUGUCUGUCGACCUCUUCGAGUUCGACUUCUGGGUCCAUUGUCUGGCAGAGUUUGUCCUCGACAAGUGUUUUGUUAAUAUCAAGGACUUGAGUUACGGAGUGGAGAACGUACCGAUACCCUGCGUGAACGAAAUAGAUCACGCUUAUCCAGAUACCAUAAAGUAUACAACGCAACGCGAACCGACGGAGGACGUUUAUAUGAACUUGGAUCCAGAUUUCCUUUGCAGCUGUGAUUGCGAAGAUGACUGCCAAGACAAAAACAAAUGUCAGUGUUGGCAGUUGACGAUCCAAGGCGCGACUCUCGGUGGCCGAGUUCCAAAUGCCGCUGUCGGAUACGUGUACAAGAGAUUGCCUGAGGCUGUGACCACUGGAAUCUACGAGUGCAAUUCCAGGUGCAAGUGUUCGGUAAAGACAUGUCUGAACCGAGUUGUACAACACCCCUUGAAUCUCAAACUUCAAGUCUUCAAAACAGCCCCUCGAGGCUGGGGUAUCAGGUGCCUGAACGAUAUUCCCCUAGGCUCGUUUAUCUGCAUCUAUGCAGGUCGUCUUCUCACCGAACAAGGUGCCAACGAAGGUGGUAAAAACUACGGAGACGAGUACUUGGCAGAACUCGACUACGUCGAGGUCGUCGAGGGCAUCAAAGAGGGCUACGAAAGUGACGUCCUCGAGCCCGAAAUAGAACCACCAGAGGAUGAGAACAACGAGAAGGAGAAAUCCGACAAGAAAUUGGAAGACAAGACGUAUGUGCCCACACCUGGAUCGAAUGAUUCCGAUGACGAUUAUAACGUCAGUAAGAAGCUGCAGAAAAAUUUGAAUAUUGAAGAGGAUGAGGAUUCUACGUCGUCUAUAAGGAGUCGGCUAAGAAAGCGAACCAAAGGAGGUGAAAAUCAGGGCUCUGACAAAGGAUCUGAGGACGGCAGCGUAUCGAAAGACGGACAGGAUAAGGCUGGCAGCGAUGACGAGGAGGCAAUACGCCAGCCACAAAAGUUCGAUCUAACGGUUGAUACAACGCAAAUCGGAAGGGAGAAAUUCAAAUCCGUCAGAGACUUUUUCGGCGAAGAUGAGGCGGUGUACAUUAUGGACGCCAAGACGACGGGAAAUAUCGGACGCUAUCUGAAUCACUCCUGUGACCCGAAUGUAUUCGUCCAGAACGUAUUUGUGGACACUCACGACGUUCGAUUUCCCUGGGUGGCAUUCUUUGCAUUGAGCUAUAUUAGAGCGGGACAAGAAUUAACUUGGAACUAUAGCUACGACGUUGGAAGUAUUCCCGGAAAGGUGAUCAUUUGCAAAUGUGGAGCAAGUAACUGCAGAGGCCGUUUGUUGUAAUGUUGGAAAUAUUUUUUAAAUGUAAUAGGCAUAUAUACGAUCAAGCGAUUGAAUUUAGUUAUUUUUUAAAUCGCCGACCAAAACUUGUUCGACUGUAAAUAUUUUUUUCAAAAUAAAACGAUAAGUGGAGAACGAUGGUGUUUACAAUUAAAA